GGACUGUUUUGUGCUGCGGUCGGCAAUAUCAUGCCGUGGGCUAUCCUGUCUUGUCACCGAUGAAAUGCAUCAUGGGAUGAAUUGGGAAGGCACGUGGGAGGAUGAAGACGGGGAGAAAUGUUCUGGUUUUGGCGGUGGUUGUUGAACUUGCUUCUCUCAAUAUUCGAGAUUCGAAGUUAUCACUUGCGACGGCCAAAAUGAAGUCAUCACAAAGUCCAGCAUUCAAGCGCUUCCUCUCCGACUUUACGCUCGGUUUCUCAGAUGGCCUAACAGUGCCAUUUGCCCUCACAGCAGGGCUCAGUUCCCUUGGAAAGACGGACACCGUCAUCACAGGCGGAUUAGCAGAGCUAUGCGCGGGCAGCAUCAGCAUGGGAAUAGGAGGAUAUCUCGCGGCACGAGACGAAUGCGGGCCAUGCCAAUUUAGCGUAAAAGAUUUGGAGGAAUCAAGGGACAGUUGUGAGAGGAAUAGCGAAAGCGACUUUAUGGUUGAGCAAUCCGAGAAGAUGCAGAUGCAAGCAGAGGAGCUGGUGCGUCAACAUCUCGAACCUUUGGAUCUCCCAAGUUCAACAAUCACGACGAUCCUCAACACAAUUCAACAAGUACCGUCGGAUCUCCAACGCGUGGUAUCACGCUUGAACUCGCUAAAAGACGACCUAUCACCCUCACAACCAACUCCUCAAUCACCCAUCAUAUCUGGCCUCUCCAUAUCGUUAGGCUACACAAUCGGCGGCAUCAUUCCCCUACUUCCCUAUAUCUUCACCAGCACAGUUGGUCUCGGUCUCCAAUGGAGUUCAUGUCUCUGUCUUUUGGUGUUAUUUGCAUUUGGAGCAGGAAAAAGCUACAUUCUGCAAGCUGGAGAUGCAUCAGUGCGUUCGUGGAUUAUCGAAGGAUUGCAAAUGUUGGUCUUGGGCGCUUUAGCUGCAAUAGCGGCUGUCGCGUGUGUCACUUGGGUCGGGGCAAAUUAAUGGAUGCCUGUUCGUUGAGAGUUCAGGCAGAGACGUUCACACAGACGUGGGCGAAUAAGAGGCUGGGCAUUUAAGUUUAACUCGGAAUCGGUGUCGUUAAAAGAGCACGAGAGCAACUUUGUUAUACAACAGUGAAAGAGUAGUAACCAGUAACAGUCAAGCAAGUGAUAACUCUACCGAAAUUC